AUGUCUCCCGCCUCUUCUCUCACAAAAAAAAGUGAGCCCCAAUUUUCUUUUCUCAUUUCCCUUCUCGAUACCCCAAAACUGAAAUCACCAUUUCUCAGCAGAGGUGCGUCUGGGUUCUCUCCCCUUCAUCUCUCUAAGUUCUUGAGAAGGUCGCUCGCCCAUUACAACUUUAAGAAGCAGCAGCUGUUUGAGCCAUUUCUAGUCACUGGCCUGAUCUCUACUCCUCAAUCUGAUCCCCAAACAUACUGUUACCAAACUCAUCGGACUCUCAUCUUGGACCGCUCACCGUCUCAACUCGUCCAGCUUAACAAGCUUUCCAAUUCUAAUUCUGGAAUCGUUGAACUGACUUUGAACAAACUUGAGAGGAGAAAUGCCACUGGGAGGGAUUUUCUGAGAGGGUUUAUAGAGUUUCUUGAAGUUGUUAGUAAGGAUUCCUCUACUAAUGUGGUUUUGAUUCGUAGUUUGGUUCCGAAGGUGUUUUGUGCUGGUAAUGAUUUGAAGGUGCUUCUGUUGUUCUUUUUCUCUUCAUUUUUCUGGUCCUAUCAUCCAUCCUAUUUCUUGUUUUGCAAAAGCCUUGGAAGGGUAGACCGCUCUCAAAUACACAGAGCUAUACUAGCAGAGUAUGCUGGUGCUGUCCUUAGAGUAUUGUCUGCAGUGCUAUAUGGGAGGAGAGGACAUGUUUGGAAAAAGAUUGGUGGGCUUAUUGCAAUGGUGACGUCUUUCUACUUCUUAUCUCAAGGAUGGGCCAUGGAAACAUGGACGAAGGGCAACAAGCUUCACUUUUUCCAUGUCUCUGUUACUGAUAUAUAUAUAGAUAAAUAUGUAAAUAUAUAAUUCAUAUAUACUUAUAUACUGUUGGUGGCAAAGCAAGUUGGCAUUUUUGGUUAGCAAAAUAAGGUCAGAGCUCGACAUAUCCGAAGGGCUCAGCGUAGGUAGGCACGACGAUUUUACCACUUUAUCAAACAGUAGAAUAGAGAGGAGCAAUUCCAAGUUUCUUUCAAAAGAUUUGUAAGCUUUCAAAAGUAAAUGCAUGGAUCGAAGAGAUCCUAUGGCA